UGAAAUUAGUGUAGGCUUAUGUAUUUCGUCAUUUCUCUGCUUUUCCAUAUUGUUCUGCUAUAGAUAAUACAAAUUAUUCAUAAUCAUGCUAUUCACUAAUAAACAUUUCAAAGAUGUAGCCAACAAUAACAUUUUAGAAAACAUAAUGGCAAUUUCUUAGGCUCAAAAUUGGCUAUUGAAAACAUAACUUAACCUUUACAUUUAAAGGAAGUUAGAUCAAAGACAUCAUAUAUAAGAUUAACCCAACUAUGAAAGUGGAAAAAUAGAGUGUUAAUUACCUACUAAACCAUACUAAUGAAGGGUUACUUAUCUUUAAAGAAAAUUUCCCUAAAGUAUUAGCUAAGUGGACAUAAUGAUGUUCCAUCACUUUCAUCCUUCAAUGCUUCUAAAUUGCUCAAAUUCCAAAUACAUCAUUACGUUUACCAACAUUAUCAUACUCAUAAUCUCCACUUCUUCUUCUACCACUUCAUUUCAUUUCAUUACCCCCUUCACUUCACCCACCAUUCUCUCAUUCCUUCACCUCCGGCCACCAUGCUCCGUCGUCAUCUCCUCCUUCUCCUCCUCUUUUCCUCCAUCUCCGCCGCACUUGCAGCCCAUUGCACCACCGUCACCGCCACCAAAACCUUCCAACAAUGUAUGAAUCUCCCAACCCAACAAGCCUCCAUUGCUUGGACUUUUCACCCUCACAAUGCCACUUUGGACCUUGUCUUCUUCGGCAAUUUCAUUUCUCCCUCCGGUUGGGUCGGCUGGGGAAUCAACCCCACGUCGCCGGGGAUGACCGGAGCUCGUGUUCUCAUCGCCUUCUCCGAUCCCAACUCCGGCCAAAUUGUUGUCCUCCCUUACGUUCUUGACCCGACUGUAAAGUUACAGAGAACCCCUCUUCUCUCUCGCCCUCUCGACAUCCGUCUACUUUCUUCCUCCGCAGCUUUGUACGGUGGGAAAAUGGCCACCGUACACAACGGCGCCGCCCUCCAAAUCUACGCUACUCUCAAACUCAUCCCAAACAAAACGAAAAUCCAUCUCAUCUGGAACCGCGGAUUAUACGUCCAAGGCUAUUCCCCAACCAUCCAUCCAACCACAUCCGACGACCUCUCUUCAAUUGCAACUCUCGACGUGGCCUCCGGCACCGCCGCAAGCCAAACCAACGACAUCGAAACACUCAAAGUAAUCCACGGCAUCCUGAACGCCAUAUCAUGGGGACUCCUACUCCCGAUCGGCGCCGUAACAGCGCGAUACCUCCGACACGUACAAACUCUAGGCCCGGCGUGGUUCUACGCGCACGCAGGAGUCCAACUAGCUGGAUUCGCUCUAGGAACAAUCGGAUUCGUGAUUGGAAUCCGAUUGGGAGAGCUUUCACCAGGAGUGGAGUACUCGCUGCAUAGAAAAUUAGGGAUUGGGGUUUUUGCGCUGGGGGGAAUACAGACAUUGGCGCUGCUAUUCAGGCCGAAAACGACGAACAAAUUCAGAAAGUAUUGGAAAUCAUACCAUCAUUUCGUGGGAUACGCAUGUGUGGUGAUGGGAGCGGUGAAUGUGUUCCAAGGAUUUGAAGCGAUGGGGGCGAGUGGAUCGUACGCGAAAUUAGCGUAUUGCUUAGGGCUUUCGACGCUGGUAGGGAUUUGCGUGAGUUUGGAGGUGAAUUCAUGGGUGGUUUUCUGUAGAAAAUCGCAAGAGGAGAAGAUGAGAAGAGAAGGAUUGAUCGGAGUUCCUGAGAAGGAAAGUGGAAGCCAUAACUAGAGGAACCGAAAUGAAGAUGAAAAAGAAGAUGACAUAUAGAGAUUGUUUUGCUUUUUUCAUUUUUGGGUUAAAAAGUAUUUAUAGUGAGUUUUCUGUUUUUUCAUUUUUAUUUCUAAAAAUUUUAGUAAAGUUCUUGUCAUAUAUAUUUUGGAUAAAAAUGAAAUAGAAGACUUGUUUCGCUCA